UAACCAUGCUUAACCUAUACACAGUCUGUCAGUUGUAUUAUGAGCUACAUUAUGAAAGAAUCUUCAUGUUGCAGGACAAUUAGUUCCAUUUCUUGGGUGAGGUCUUUUGAAAGGGGAACAAAAACCAGCACCCCCCCCCACGCUGCUUUCUCUUCAUCUGUGAUCAUUAUAUCAGGCUGAUAUCAGGCUGAUAUCAGGCUGAACGUAUCUCCCGUAUCAACAGACCACUAUUGUUACAGAUCGCCCUUACAGGAAUACAUCCUCUGCAUGGACAUGCUUUCACCAGUACUGUUCCUGGUGGCCAUGCAGAUCGGCCUGACAAUCACCCUGGAGUCUGACCACGGGGAAGAUGACCAGCAGAAUAAAUUCUGUACAUUUAAGUGUUUCAAGUUUACUCUACAGUGGCCUGGAAGCUUUUGUGUGGGUCUGAAGAAUUCAACUCAAUGCAGAAUACCUCCAAAUAUCAACAACUGGACAAUUCAUGGACUGUGGCCUUCAAAUGUCCAAAAAUGUUGCCAAUGCUGGCCCAUAUUCCACUCUGAUCUCAAGGAACUGGACCCUGAACUCACUCAGUUUUGGCCUUCCCUACUUAAGACCCAACCCAGUUUUAAUUUCUGGAAAGAUGAAUGGACCAAACACGGCUCCUGUGCUGCUUGUGUUGAGGGCAUGAACUCGCCCUUACGUUACUUUCAGAUAUGUCUGAAACUACGCAGUAACUUUGAUAUUGACCGAGCUCUGAUUGCGGAUGCAGGUAUCAAGCCCUCCUGUAACCAGUCUUAUCAGCUUGAUGAAGUCAACCGCGCACUGGCCCCAAUCAUUGGAGAUGAUCCUGACGCGGAAAUUCAGUGUGUAAAGGAUGAAAAGGGACGAGAGGUACUGGUUCAGGUGAAGAUCCCAUUGUCUCGAAACCUCACCCUUGGAUGUCAUCCCAAAGAAGGCCAUGGAGCUGAGCCAGAACCUGUCCAGCACUGGUACAAGUCUCCUGCGCACCCCUGUCCACAGAAGGCGGCCAUCUUCUACUUCCCCAUAAGUCAUGUCCGUCCGGAUCAGCCCUGUGACUAGGGAUACAGCUGUGGCUUCGGCGGGUUCUUAAAGCGACAUGGCUCACCCAUCGCUGAGGAAGACCACAUUCAAGACACUCACGCUGUAUUAAUUCCUUUCAUGUCCUGUGUGUACCUGAGUAUAUUGUUUUGCACUGACGCUUUUGCUAACUAGGGUGUUGGUAAAAUAAAGUGAGUAAACCUUU